AUGUACACCCUGGUUCCAGGUAAAGACAUGGCAACACAGAACCGUCCCUACCAGGGCUACCCUUACGUGAACCCGAUCGUCAUUGACGUGCCGUCACUGGAUUCAGCCACUGCAGCGAGAUGGGCUAACUUACCCCGGAGGCCCAUUGGCACGCCAGUUCACAAGAACACAGAAAGACCAGGGAUCAGUAAGGCUACCGAUUCAAGUGACGAUAAUAAGAUAAACAGAGACGCAACGAGUUCGGGACCCUCACGAACCAACAGGGAUCGAGAGGAAGACAAUCCAGUAGUGUACAUAGACGUACCGGAGAGCAGUGCAAGUAGUGUCAUCGAGAGCCCCCGGGAUACGAGCGAGAGAGAUGAGGAAACAUUUGUGCAGGAGACAAUACUCUACGACCCUAUCAAAAAUAGACGAAUCGAACUGCGAGAGGCAAAUGAAAAUGAUGAUUACAGAAUCCCAGCUUACGGCGAACGUUUUGAACCAUCUCCAAGACCUGCACCAUCAAGUAUUUUACAGAUUCCUUCACCUGGUGGAAGUUCUGGUUAUCAAUCAACACCUUCUCGAACCAUCCCAAACUCAAAUCUACCCGCAUUCAUGUCGAAAGAAGCUGAGCUUUACGGACGGCCCCUGACACCAGACGAUGGUUUUUCUCUAACACCAAUACCAGUCAGAGACUUCCCUGAACCACCACCGGCUUACACAGAGAUCGACAGAGUCACCCAACCAAACACUGAUCACACCACUCCGCCCCCAAGAACAGAAGUUAUAACCUCAGGUCCAAAUCCAAUAUAUCACGCAGGCUCGGAUAGUAAGCAUAUCCGGUGCCAGCAUUGUGGACAGAUGGUCCAUUCAAUAGUGAUGAGGGAAGCUGGUGUUUUUACUCACAUCUUGGCUUUUAUUUUUGCGAUUUCAUGUCUGAUCCCGGUGGUUAUGCUCAUCUACUGCACGGACGGCUGCAAGUACAAGAACCACUACUGUCCCAACUGCAGGCAACAAAUAGGUUAUGAGAUACCAAUAUUAUGUCAAGAGAUGGCGUACGUUGAGCAACGGUCAUAA